AUGGAGUUGGUUUUCUCGCGUCAAGUGAAUCAUAAAACGAUGUCAUUACCAGCUGGAGGACUAUCAUUCGACAGUUACGACCUACCUUAUGUGGUUGGAAUGACCAGAGGAAUCCAACUAUUAUGCUGUAUUGUCGAGCUUCUGAUGAUCUAUUCCGAAUCUGGAUCGCUGAGUAUGGCCUGGUUCCUGUUAUACUCCAUUUUAUGCGCAUACAAUCUAUUUCAUCUUUCCAAAAGAUGGUACUACAAUAUCGAUGGCAGAUACGAUCUAAAACAAUUCGUAAGAGAAAGUGAGCCAACUGUUCGGGUACAGUACGGUUCCGCGAUAUUCACUCCUACUUUGAUGGGAGCGCUCAUAUUCUGCAUAAUUGAACUGCAAAAUGGAUUCAUCCAUUCAAUAUUCAAGUUGGCUGCUAUCGUACAACUACUUCUUGCCAUCGGCCAACUUGCGCUCGAAUUUUAUGAAGUCUACGUCAAAGGAAACUAA